AUGGCUCAAGCUCGGGUUACCGAUUAUUUUGCACAGAGUAAGAAGGGUGGCGUCGUUCGGUCUUUACGGUCCAAGGGACAGAAAGUAUCGGAAGACGCUGUGGAGUCAGCGGUGAUUGCUAAACCAAAGACACCGUCCAGAUCUGCACGCUCCUCACGUAAAACGACGCGCGAUCUCGCCACACCAGAGCCGCAGAAACAUGUUCAACAGGAGUUCCUGAAAGUCAUUGAUGAGGCUUUAUCGGCACAAACAGCCACCGCGACUGACUUUCGAGAUGCGAGUAACGAGGGUUUAACUGCGAGUCCCAGAACUCCUAAACGGACGGCGGCGGAGUUUGAUGUGUGUUCGGUGCUGUUCCCGUCCACAGCCGAGCAGCACAGCAGCGCCAAGAAGCGCGCGAGGGUCAGAGCUUCACCAGAGGAGCCCGCGGUUCACAAGACCGCGAGGAAGAAGCUCGAGCUUCUCCCCAAUCACCACAAACAACAGGGCAUUGAGCCCUUGGCCAACAGCACCUCUCAGGCACCUCCUCACACUGCCAGCAAAGAGCCUAAAAAUACUGUUGAUCAUAAUUCUAAUAGUUCACCUGUAAACAAAACGAAUGGAGACGAUAAGCUCAAGCAGACAACCAGGAGCCAGAAAACAUUUACAAGAGAAGAUGUGGCAGCGUUGAAGUCCAAGCUGCAAAGACUGAAAGGACAGUCCAACACUGCGACAAAUCCCUCACCUGCCCCCGUGUCAACACUAGUGGAGCUGAAAUCGAGGCUCGAUGUGGCCCGGGAGAUCUCAGCCAAAGUUCAGCAAAAAAAGGCUGAGCGAGUUGCAGAGGAUGCUGAAGUUACUGAGGCACAGGCUGUGCCUGAAGCCAGGGGAAGAGAGAAGCUCCCAGCUUAUCAGCGCUAUCACACCUUAGCUCAGGACGUGCCCCCUGGUCUUACCCUGCCCUACCAUUACAAAGUUCUCGCUGAGAUGUUCCGCAGCACGGACACUAUAGUCGGGAUGCUGUUCAACCGCUCCGAGACGGUCACUUUUGCCAAAAUCAAGCAAGGGGUCCAAGACAUGAUGCACAAGCGUUUUGAAGAGAGCCAUCUGGGGCAGAUAAAGGCUGUGUACCCUUCUGCCUAUACUUUUCGUCAGGAGACCAACGUUCCCUCUUUCAGUGCUACUGCCAAAAGGUCCAGCUAUCAGCUUACAGUGGAGCCGGUCAUUCACGAAGAAUUUAACGGAACUCGUCCAGUGUUAUCGGCCUCUCGUGUUUUGGAAAGAAGAAACAUAUUUCACCAAAAUCUGGUUGAAAUUGUGAAGGGACACCACAAGGUGUUCCUGGCUUCCCUAAACCCUCCCAUUGUUGUUCCUGAUGACAAACUGACCCGCUGGCACCCGAGAUUCAAUGUGGAUGAGGUUCCCAACAUCAAGCCAAGUGAUUUACCUCAACCUCCCCAAACAGAGAAACUGACCUCAGCGCAGGAAGUGUUGGACAAAGCUCGUGCUCUCAUGACACCAAAGAUGGAGAAAGCCUUGGCGAACAUGGCCUUGAAAACAGCAGAAGCUGCAUGUGCUAAAGAGCCAGAGACCUUCACUAAACCAGUUGCCACACCGACAGAAACCCCCAGUGCCCUUAAAGGAGUUUCUCAGUCACUGCUGGAGAGGAUUCGUGCCAAAGAGGCUCAGAAACUGCAAGCUGCCAUGACACGGAACCCACAGCAGGAGGAGCGCCUGUCCAUGAUGUCUCGGCUGCCAGAGUUGUCCAGGAUCUUGCGAAAUGUAUUUGUAGCAGAGAAAAAGCCAGCCCUCAUCAUGGAGCUCGUCUGCAACCGCAUGAGCGCUAGCUACAGAUCUCCUCUCAGUUCUGAUGAAAUGGAGAGACAUCUUCGCCUGCUGGCUGAGUUGACACCUGCCUGGCUAACAGUACAUCCAAUCAGGAAGGAUGUGUACCUGAAGCUGAACAAGACCAUGGAUCUGAACAUUGUGCUGGACAAACUGAACCAAAAGAUGAAGGAAGAGGAGCGUAUUUGAGGAAAUUCAAACGAGACUGUUGAGAGAAUACAAUGUGCAAUAUUUUAUUAUGGAUCUUAACAUUGAGAUGACAUGAUUGCGUGUUAAUUUGUUCAGUCCGUUUUGCAUUUUACAAGACUUUCAAGUCUGGCGGUCACUGUGUUUUUAACUGCUGUAAUUUUUGCAUUGUAGCACAAUAAUUGUUCAUAAAUGUAGACAUUCAAAAAGUAAUUUGUAUAAAGUAGUUGUACCCAAGUUUGGCUUAUUUGGUAACUUAAACCUUAAGGUUCAGCUAGUUAAUGUGCCCCAAUUAAAUUACAAUAAACAAGUUCAUGCAAGCAA